UAUCUGUGCUGUUAUCUCAACACUGACUGUAAGGACAGAUAAGAGGGUCCUCUCAUACCCCGGUCACAGGGGGGUCUGCAGUGAAGAAGAUUUGUGAUUUUGAGGACUUCUCGGUCAUCUGAUUUUUAAUUCUUCCUUAUGUCAUGUGGGCCGGUAAUAAGUCACAGUGUGGCUCCACCCUCAGCUCCAGUCCUGAUUUUCAACACCAGUUACCACAAGUCUAGACAUCACAGAGAGACCGGGAGAGCAGAGUCUGGAGUCCCUGCUCCGCGCUCCAGCCCUGGUGUUCCUGAUCUCCGGGUCUUUGUCCCCGGAACUUGCACUCGCUGCUGGCUGUCCACUAGGGUUUUCUGCUCGCAUCUGGAUCCCAGUACGACCAGCAUACAGCCCCAGCGUCCUCUCCUACAGAAACCCACGGGCCUCCGCAAGUUUUGGGAAGAAAGCAAAGAAAAAGAAGAAAGAAGAGAAACACCUUCCCGGCUACCUUCCACCGCAUACUCUCCUGUCGUGAUUUACACUUUCGUCGAAGCUUUGUGAAGCACUCGUGUGAUUCUGAGAUUCUUGCCUGCAUUUUUAAAAAAAAGAAGAAGAAACGAAAAGAAAAGAAAAAAAAGUUUUGUACGUGUUUUAAAACAGUUUUUUUUGUGUCGCCUUAGUGUUUUUUUUUCGAUUGAGUCUGGAACUCGACAUUUAUCGCACACAGCCAGUUAAGACGGACGGCUUUGAGCGUUUCUUUUAGGCUGUUUUCGGUGUUUUUUGUUCCUCCCUCAGUAGUUUCAUAGGUGGCCCGAGAGCCGCUGUGAAUGAAGUAUCUGUUGGGCUGAAGAAACCAGCGCGUCUCCAUGAGGAAACUCAGCGUAGGAGUCGCUCAAACUUUGUCCUAGCUUACACUCACCUGAGCCACCAAAUAGCUGCUCUGUUUUUUGUUUGUUUUUUUUACUUUUUUUGUGCUGGUAGUUUCUUGUUUUUGUAAGUGACACAAAAUGAAGACGCUGUUGGUGCUGUGUGUGGUUUGCACGCUGGUUGUGUUGUCGGUGUCGGGGACCGCGGAGCAAAAGUUGAAAAACUGCAACGACGUUCGCGCUGCUUACAGCUCCAAAGGCUUCAACGUGAACGAUGUCCCCAACAAAGGAGUCAAUGGAGCCCCGUUGAAAGUGUGUCCGCAGGGUUUCUCUUGCUGCACGGUGGAGAUGGAGGAGAAGCUGAGCCAGCAGAGCCACACGGAGAUCAAAGCUCCCGUCUCCAGGCUUAGCACCAACCUACAAUCCACCUUCAAACAGAGACACGACCACUUUGACAAGUUUUUCCGUCAGCUUUUGCAAAAUGCAGAGGUCUCGCUUCACAACAUGUUCGUGCGAACAUAUGGGAUAAUGUAUGUGCAGAACGCAGAACUGUUCAAGGACUUUUUCGCGUCCCUGACUCGAUACUAUGUGUCCGGCAGCACUGCUGUCAACCUGGACUCAAUGUUGUCAGACUUCUGGGCUAGCCUCCUGGAGAGGAUGUUCCGGCUGGUCAACGUGCAGUACGAAUUCAGCGACGCCUACAUGGAGUGCAUCAGCCGGCACACGGAACAGCUGCAGCCCUUUGGUGAUGUGCCUCGCAAACUCCGCAUCCAGCUGACAAGGGCCUUCGUGGCUGCUCGCACCUUUGUGCGUGGCCUGGCGCUCAUGCCAGAGGUGGUCAACAGAGUUUCAACGGUCGGUGCGUCUCCCAGCUGUGUGAGAGCUACCAUGAAGAUGUUGUACUGUCCCUACUGCUCAGGCCAAGUGGCCCUAAAACCCUGCCAAAAUUACUGUCUGAAUGUGCUGCGAGGAUGUUUGGCCAACCAGGCUGAUUUGGACACGGAGUGGAACAACUUCCUUGAUGCCAUGCUCAGCCUAGCUGAGAGGCUUGAGGGUCCCUUUAAUUUUGAGUCUGUCAUGGAUCCCAUCGACGUGAAGAUUUCAGAUGCCAUCAUGAACAUGCAGGAGAACAGCAUGCAAGUGACACAGAAAGUUUUCCAAGGAUGCGGCCAGCCAAAACCAAACAUGGCCUUCCGUUCCACACGUUCUGUCAAAGAAACAAGCUUCUCUGGUCGCUUCCGCCCUUACAGUCCAGACGCAAGGCCCACCACUGCUGCAGGGACCAGUUUAGAUCGAUUGACAAAUGAUGUUAAGAAGAAGCUGAAGCACGCAAAGAAGUUCUGGUCCACAUUGCCAGAGACAGUGUGUGCAGGUGAGAGGAUUGCACCUGGAGAUGAGUGCUGGAAUGGAACAGCGAAAAGCAGGUAUGAGUCAGUUGUCAUUGGCAGUGGACUGGCCAAUCAGGUGUCAAACCCUGACGUGGACGUUGACAUUACAAAGCCAGACAUUGUGAUUCGUAGCCAGAUUGCAGCUUUGAAGGAAAUGACGACCUGGCUCAAAGCUGCGCACAGCGGCAACGACAUUUCUAUUGACAACGAUGAGGACGGCAGCGGAGGAGAAGAGAGCGGUAGCACUUGCGACCCUCCAUCCUGUGACACAGAUCGGGACAUCUACUUCUCCACUCCACCAAACCCCAGCAACCCCCGGGUUAUUCCAGUGGUGAAGGACAUAAAUUCAUCACGUGCCUUACAGGGAAGCAUGGCGCUGGCGCUCUGCGGGCUAGCCCUGGCCCUGCUUACUCCCCACUUGAGAUAAAACUGGCUUGGCAGGGAGAGAAGAGAAGAGAACGACUAGGAAUGACGGAGCGAAGGGGAAAACUGUCAGAGAGACUUUAAAAAGACUGCCUUCAGGACCUUGGACUGUCCGCCAUUGGAGGGGGGAGACUCUUCUUAAUAUUACAAUAACUUCACUUUUAAUUAUUUGUUUGUAUGUUUUUAAGGACAUCAGUGUACAGCAAUAUGAUUUUCUUCCCAAAAAUCCACCUUUUUCCCACUUUUUCCACUCAGAUAAACCUUCACCCCUUAUGGCUCUUUUGGAGCUACACAGUUGUUCUGCAUGCAGCAUUACAAACAUUAUGUAAUUGUCUUAUUUUGGCAAUUUAAUCUCAUAAUUCAUUUUUUGUGCCUUCUUCAAUGGUUGCCAUCUGAUGACUAAAUGGUAAGCAAGACAUUUAGUUGAACAUGGAGUGCCUGUGGUGGGACAUAUCUUCAUAUUUCUGGGGAUGUUCUUCGCAUUAGUCAGAGAUCAACAAAUCCUGUAAUGUUAUGAAUUUAUAGCAGUCAUGUUCUGCACACUGUGUAUACCAUGUGCAUACUGUAAAUGUAUGUGUAUUUAUACAUUUACAUACAGCAGCCAGUCAGAUAAUGUGAAGCUAGCUGUUGAUCUCAACUAAGGAAGAGUUUGAGCUUUUGUCCACUUUGUUAAAAAUGUUCGCAGCCCAUCUCUCAGAAAUACAGUGAGAAGUUACAGCACAGGUAUGUCUGUUAGACCUGGAGAUGAAGAGACGGAGUCAUUGUGUAGAAGAGCAUUUUGGUGCAUUCUGCAAGCCCAAACAUGCAUAUUGUGCGUCUGCUAUGAGCAUUAUCACAGCCUCAUGUUUUUAAUUUCCUCAUUAAUUUUUGAUUUAAUUUCCUCAGCCUAAACAGUUCAAUAGUAAGGUCAUACCUCAUGCAUGCUCUCAAUGUCAAUGCAAUCUAGUGAUGUUAAGUUGAAAGUGUCUGAUAGAGUUGAGAUAUGCGGCUGGCGUCCUGGUGAAAGGUAACUGGCAUGGAAGAGGAAGGACUCCCCUGGCAUUACCCCUCAAGAAGGCAAAGCUGACAAGUCCUCAAUGCCCGUUUUGGUACUGUACGCUCAGUUCAGCACAGAGGAUCUGACUCUAUACAGUCUUAUUUGUUUGGAAAGGAAAAGGUGGUAAGAUGUAAGUUGGGGGUGUUUCACAUUAAACUAGAGAGGAAGAACAAAAGACAGUGCUUUGAUCAAAUGAAAUCAAGGAAAGAUUAUUUUAAUACAGGGUUUUAUGUUGAAGAGGUGUUGUAAUUUUUAGCUAUUUUUGGUAUGAAGAUAUAUAUUAGGUACUACAGUGGAUUUUACUGCUAGUUUUAGGUGGUGGAAGAGGACAAUGUGCACAAAUGUUGGGGGCACUUUUUGGUCAGUGUGCACACGUUUUGGGGGCUCAGUUUUUUUUGUUUUUGUUUUUUUUUGCCCACAUCCCCCAUCCCACAAUACACACUUGUACCUCUUGAAUGGCCUGUGUCAGUAUAAAUGGACUCAUCCUGAACCAUUUAAUCUACCUAUCCUCAUCCUCAUGGUCUCAUUGUGUCAACUUGACGUGGAAUGUUGAAGUAUUGUCACAAGUGCUACCAAAAUGAAUGCAAUGUACGGUGCCUGAUCUUUUUCUUUUAACCUUGGUACAUUAUUAGCGACAUCUUGAGGAAAAAAAAAAAUCAAAAAAAGAAUGUAGAUGAUGUGUAUCUCAAAUGCCCUGAGGGGUGGUUGAGUAUAUUGUUACCAGCUGACAAGCACAACACAAGAUUUUCUAGAUGUUCUAAUUUGAUAAUCGGGUCUGUAAGUUGCAUUACAUUGCAUGGCCAUUUCAUCUCUAAAAUGAUGCUGCCUCAUGUAGCUUUUGUACAGUAACUUAUGCAUGUAUUUUAAUGCCAUUGCAAACAUGCUUUUAGGACUGACAUAGAUGAUCCAAAAUACAGUAUUCAGAAUGCUUCAAUAUACAAAACUUAGGUGAAAAUAUUACAUCUCUCAAACUAAUUGGUUGAAUUGGUCAGAUUUGUUGGUUUACAUAUGCAUUUUGUAAAAGCUGAAAUAUGGAUUUACAUUGUUCACAUUUGUCUGAACCGAUUGGCUGCAGUUAAGACAAAUGAAACAUACUGAACACAACCUCUGUGGCUCUUGUUGGCCUCUGAAAUUGAAAGGUUGAUUGUAAGCUGGCAUGAAAUAUUCUUCUAAAAAAAGUUAUGUUCCCAAUUAACAGAUGUGGAACAAAUCAAUGAGAACAUCAAUGUUAAAAAUCUGACCUUGAAGGAUUUCAUGAAACAAUUCGCAUAAAAUCCUGAAGCCUUAAUUUAAAAUGAUGAAGCUGUGCUUCAGCACCUUGAUUUGGCAUUACUUCUGCUUGAUGCUGGUUCAGUUCUCCUGACUUUUUUUUUUUGUUCCACCAACAUUUCUACAAGGGCUUGUGCAUGUGUGCAUGUCAAGAGUUGUCGAGUGUGAAGAAACCCAAAGUUCAGAAGAAAUGUUUUGGGUGAUGAUGGUGAAUGUCUGUGCUUGCGGGCCAGGGCAGCAACAUUUUCCGGGCUGGCAGGAGUUGGUCCGGCAGCCGGAUGUUGUUCAUUCAAUACACAGAGAAACUUUCAGUCCCAGCGCCUUGAAAGUUGAGUUGGAUUCGUGUUGAAAGCCUUCCAUCAGCCCUUUGGCCCACAAGAACAGAAAAGACUCAUUUUCUGAGGAAAGACUGAGUGACUGACUGAAAAGAAUAAAGAGUGUAAAUAAAAGAGCAGCCGUUUUUAGAUGUCUCUAAAAGAGGCCAUAACAGUACACCAGAUUUUUACUUGUCAGAGUAUCUCCCAAAUGUUAUGGAAAAAAGCAAGAUGAGAUAGAUGUUAAAUUGUAAGAGAAAAUGUAUAUUAAACAACAUUUCUUAGUCUUGUUGAAAUAAAGACUGCCAAUAUUUAAA